GCAUGAUUCCUUCUUUGGCCUCAUCGCCUCUCCUCUCCACUAGUCCUGCUAUUGUGUGUCUUUCUGGGCGACCCUCACCUCCCAUCCACCGGUUAUUCCCGCAUUGAACCCCGCAUUUAACCGACACAACAACAGCUGUGCGUGACCGAGCUCAGCCUCCCCAUUGUAAAGGGAAACAGGAUCUCAGUGAAGGACUUCUUAGUUGAUCCGCAUGGGACAGACGGAAGACUGAGAUUCCACGUUCAUAGAGCUGGUCUCGGGUAGUUUCUUCUUAUCCCACGGGAAAUAAAACGCGUUGCGUGGGAGGACGGAAAGCAAGAAGGGGAAAGAAAAAAAAAACGACCACAGAACGCAUGUAGCCGACGCACCACGCGGCUAAGGUUGGUUUUAAGGCUUGACGAUGGGUUGCGUCAGGAGUAAAGAGGCCAAAGGCCCGGCGCUGAAAUACCAACCUGAUAACUCCAAUGUGGUGCCAGUCAAUCCUCACCUGGGUCACUAUGGGCCAGAACCCACAAUGAUGGGUCACUCACCAGCCAUGAAAACACAGAACAGCAGCUACAACAACCAUCCAGCUUCCCUCACCCCUUUUGGUGGAGUUUCUUCAUCCAUGACUCCCUUUGGUGGAGCCUCCACGUCGUUCACCUCGGUGACUGUGAACAACCCGUUCCCGGCCGUGAUCACAGGUGGCGUGACUUUUUUUGUUGCCCUGUAUGAUUAUGAAGCAAGAACAUCAGAUGAUCUCUCAUUCCGAAAAGGAGAUCGCUUUCAGAUUAUCAACAACACGGAAGGCGACUGGUGGGAAGCCCGCUCCAUCAACACAGGAGAGAAUGGUUACAUCCCCAGCAAUUAUGUGGCCCCAGCUGACUCCAUACAAGCUGAAGAGUGGUACUUUGGUAAACUGAGCCGAAAAGACACUGAGCGUCUCUUAUUACUCCCAGGGAAUCAGAGAGGCACUUUCUUGGUACGAGAGAGUGAAACAACAAAAGGUGCCUUCUCACUAUCUUUACGUGACUGGGAUGAGGUUAAGGGUGACAACGUCAAACACUACAAGAUUCGCAAGUUGGAUAGUGGUGGUUAUUAUAUCACUACAAGAGCACAGUUUGAGACACUACAGAAACUGGUGAAGCACUACACAGAACAUGCGGACGGUCUGUGCUACAGGCUGACCGUUGUGUGCCCAACAGUGAAGCCGCAAACUCAGGGACUUGCUAAAGACGCCUGGGAAAUCCCUCGAGAUUCCCUCCGACUGGAAGUCAAACUGGGACAAGGCUGCUUCGGGGAAGUCUGGAUGGGCACAUGGAAUGGUACCACUAAAGUGGCCAUCAAGACGCUGAAGCCAGGAACCAUGUCUCCAGAUGCGUUCCUGGAGGAGGCUCAGAUCAUGAAGAAGCUCAGACAUGAUAAACUGGUGCCGCUUUAUGCAGUGGUGUCUGAAGAGCCUAUUUAUAUCGUAACAGAGUUCAUGGGUAAAGGUAGUUUGCUGGACUUCCUGAAAGAAGGAGAAGGAAAACAUCUGAAGCUUCCACAGCUGGUGGACAUGGCUUCACAGAUUGCAGAUGGGAUGGCUUUCAUUGAGAGGAUGAACUACAUCCACAGGGACUUAAGAGCUGCCAACAUCUUAGUAGCAGAUAACCUGGUCUGUAAGAUUGCCGACUUUGGCUUGGCUCGACUCAUUGAGGACAACGAGUACACGGCUCGUCAAGGUGCUAAAUUCCCUAUAAAGUGGACAGCCCCAGAGGCUGCGUUGUACGGUCGCUUCACCAUCAAAUCAGACGUGUGGUCAUUUGGUAUACUACUGACAGAGCUGGUAACAAAGGGAAGAGUUCCAUAUCCAGGCAUGGUGAACCGAGAGGUCCUGGAGCAGGUGGAACGUGGUUACCGCAUGCCCUGCCCUCAGGGCUGCCCGGAGUCACUCCAUGAGAUGAUGAAGCAGUGCUGGAAGAAGGAGCCAGACGAAAGGCCGACGUUCGAAUACAUCCAGUCCUUCCUGGAAGACUACUUUACAGCAACAGAGCCACAAUACCAGCCUGGAGACAACCUUUAGUCCCGGCAAUUUAACUUAAACUCUAAGGUACAUUGGUGGAAAUCAAUAAAAGAAUUUAAAACAUUUAAUUAAAAUGAAAGGAUUUUAGGCCACAAUGACACUGGCAUAAUGAUUGUCCCUAAUGUACAAUGGGACCAAGUGUUCAAAUGGGUAUAUAAAGCUCUGGGAAACUAUCAGAAUAAAUCCAUAUUACUGGCCACAACACUGUGAUACAGACAGACAAGAGACUUUUUUUUUUAACUUUAUUAACUUUUGAAAUAAGUUGCUUCUAUCUUCUUAGAAAUCCCCUCUUUUUAUUUUUAAGUCACAUAGAUCUUUUAGUCUGAAUCCAGAUCUUUCAUAUGAUCAAGAGUUCCAGGUUGAAUGGCAGAUUAAGGAUGACCAAUAACUGUGGUUAACUUGUAUGUGAUGAGUGUAAAGCAUGUGGUUAAAAAAUAAGGUCUGCUGUAUGAAUGCAAGAAUGUACUGAGAGAUCAAAGCUGAUGUACAUACAGUUUGUAUAAAGAAAUAUUUUUAGACUGUGUGAUGAUCAGAUGGACGUUAAAGAAUAGGAUACCUGUGUUACGAUUGCUUUUCCAUUUUUUUUUUUUUUUUUUCAUUUAUUUUAAUCAUUUCAAUUUGGGGAAUCCUGACACAACUUUUUAAAGAUUUGCAUAGAAUUUUUAAUUUUCAAUUUUCUUUUUUCUUUUAAUUAAAAAUAACACUUUGGCUGUCCAUUUGUAGGUUCCCGUUUAACUUGUCAUCGUUUUGUUUUGUGUGCUGCACAACUCUGCCGAUAACACAAGUAUUUUUGUAAUUUUUUUUAUGCGGUUCAGUUGAA